AACAUCUGGAUCCGCCUCCGAGGCCAGAAACGCGUCGGUCCGAGCGGCUCAGCUCUUCCAGCUCGUACAGGACAGCCUCUAAAACUUCUAUACAUGCGAACUUUCCUUUGUCUCUGACAGCGAAGAAGGUCCAAGAAGAGUCUUACUGACUUCAGAUUGUGUCUGGGGGAGAACUAUGGAGCUCAGGGGCUGGAGAUUCACGCCUUUCACAUGUGUCCUUCUGUCGCUCGUAUUUCAGGCCAGUGCUUUCACUCACAUAACAACUAACCUAUGUAAGUGGUGUGACCAGUCCAGUCCUGUGUGUGAGGACAACAUCUGCAUGAGCAACUGCAACUUCAGCUCCUUUUGUACCCAUGCUGAGGAGGUCUGUGUGGCUAUAUGGAAGAAGGAGAAUGAGAGUGUGAGCGUGCAGACUCUAUGCCAUAAUCCUCUACUUGUACUGGAGAACAUCUUGCUGUUUAACACCAGCUCCACAGAGUGUGUAAUGACUUCAGUGCCCUCUGAGAACAGUAUGCUGUUUCUCUGCAGCUGUAUCAGAGAGCAUGACUGCAAUGACAGGCUCAUCUUUGAGAAAGGAGCAAAUGGGUUCUCAAGGCUAAGAAGUAAAGAUGUGAUUCCAGUAGUGGUGAUAAGCCUGGUUCCUCCAAUCCUAGUAGCUGUAAUUGCUACGAUGGCAUUCUACCUCUACCGCACACGCCACCUCAGCAAACAACCCAAAGACUGGGCCCCAAAGCGCACACAUUACCAGUCAUUGGACCCGCCGGAGGCGCGUGCUGGUGAAGCCAACACCAGUGACUACCACGGCAAGCUUCUAUCCCUCGGCGAAGACGCCAAUUCAGACAUAUCAUCAAGCUGUGCCAAUAGUCUAAACCACAACACAGAGCAUCUACCUAUCCAGCUGGAGGCCCUGGUUGGUAAGGGACGAUUUGCUGAGGUCUGGCGAGCACGGCUUAACCACAGCGAAUGUGGCCAGUAUGAAACGGUGGCAGUAAAAAUCUUCCCAGCUGUGGAAUAUGCUUCCUGGCGCAACGAGAGGGCCAUCUUCUCUGACCCCAACCUGAAACACGAGAACAUUGUGCAGUUUCUGACUGCAGAGCAGCGUGGAGGUACAGCUAGCUCCCCCCAGAGGCAGUACUGGCUAAUCAUGGCCUACCAUGCCCUGGGGAAUCUGCAGGACUUCCUAGUGAGCCAUGUGCUGAGCUGGAGUCAGCUGUGUGCAAUGGCAUCCUCAGUGGCACGAGGCCUAGCGCACUUGCACAAUGACACAACACCAUGUGGGACACCCAAGGUGCCCAUCGCACACAGAGACCUGAAGAGCAGCAACAUCGUGAUGAAGAGCAACAAUGAGUGUGCUCUGUGUGAUUUUGGCCUGGCGCUGAGACUGGACAUCUCUCUCACCGUGGAUGACUUCGCUAACAGUGGGCAGGUUGGAACGGCACGCUACAUGGCCCCUGAGGUCCUAGAAUCUCGAGUGAAUUUGGAGGAUUUGGAGUCCUUCAAACAGAUGGAUGUGUACUCCAUGUCUCUGGUGCUGUGGGAAAUGGCCUCUCGCUGUGAUGCUAUUGGAGAGGUGAAGAGCUACGAGCCUCCGUUUGGUUCGAAGGUGUGUGAUCAACCAUGUGUGGACAGCAUGAGGGAUCUGGUGCUGAGGGACAGAGGACGACCUGACAUCCCACUCAGCUGGACAAUACAUCUGGGAAUGCAGGUGCUAAGUGCCACUAUUACAGAAUGCUGGGACCAUGACCCAGAGGCACGUCUGACUGCACACUGUGUGCUGGAGCGCUUUAACUCUAUGGAGCAGGAAGAACUGGAGAGCAGCACUGUCUUUGUUUCCAUCCCCAGCUCCACUGAGCAGCAGGACUCCCCUCUCCCCUCUAACUGCACGGAGCAUGACACUGGCACGUCGCCAGCAUGCCCGCCACAGCCGCAAGCCACAGUCGAUGCUCAAGCCUCAACCUCCUUAAGGCCGCUGAGUGAAGUGUGACCACUCCUCCCCAAAGCCCUGCAAACCAGACUUGUUUUUGUAAUAUAUAUUGGUUCAAUAUGUGGAGCUGGUCUCCGUCAUCGGGUUCUUAUUAUUUUUAAAUAUUAGCUUUUUGUUUUUAGAAUUAAUGAACAUGAUGUACCACUGAAGAAGGACUAAAGGAUGAGCAAGAUAAUAUAAGCACUGGCUUCUGGUUCAUGACAUUCCCAUAACCUCUUUGUCCUUCAAUAGUUGCCCGUGCAGAAGUUAUUUGCCCUAAAGCAGAGUCUAUUUGAAGUACCUUUAUAAGGUAAUCUUUAGUUUGUGGAGUAUAUAUAAAAUCCUGCGUUUGCUGUAUCAGAGAUUUCUGAGAGACACAGAGUUAACACAGCAUAAAGGAAAGCGUCCUUGCUGUGCUGGCAGUGUAUGUGUGUGCCAUUUCUACUGGCAAAAAAAAAUGUUUUCCAAAAACUGUUUACCACACAUCAUUUUCUCAUUUGAGUUUUUCCAUUGCCCUCUGAGUCGCUUGCUUUUAACAACAAUGUGGUCAUCCCACGAGCUUGGCUUUGGGAGGGGCUUCAAUUCGAUUAACCACAAGCCCUGAAGCAAACAUACACUUUAAAGACCCAACACGCAAGCGAGUGGGAAGAACUUCUUUUUUUUUAAUUCAGAUGAAGGAAAAUCAGAAAGCGUUUUAUUGUUGCUCUAAAUUGAUCCGUGCGCAUAGGCCUGUCUUUAUGGAAACAAUUCAUAGCUGCUUUGAAAUCUGCCACAAACUUGAGGUUUAAGUUCCUUUUGGUUAGGAUCAUUGUUAUAUUGCACAUUUAAUUACUGCUUGCCUGCUUCAGUUGCUGCUAGCCAUAUUGUCUAACUCACUUAAAGUGGUCACACACUCAUCUGCCAAGAGGUUAUGGGAAGAGUUUGAACCAGACUUUCAUCAUGAAUUCACCUAAUCAACAGAUGCCGUUUCUGGAAAGAACAAGAAGUUAGUUUUUUUUUUCUUUGGUAAAUGAAACCAUUGAUUAGCAAGCUAACACAACUGAAGACAGGCACUAGUUCUAGAGUCACAACACACUGAGUGUAAUCUUGUCUUUAAAUAAUCUGUGUGAAGUACAAUGACUAUUCUUUGGUCUUUUCCCCCCAAGAGCCACAGCACAACAAAAGAUCUUUGAUGGACUUUCAAUGAAAAUGGCAGAAAGAGCCUAGAGUAGAGUCUACAACUAACAUAACACAAAGAUCUUAAUGUUAUGAUGCUCAUGGGAAAUCUAAGCUAUUUGUAUACACAAUAGUUUAAUUGUUUUCAAUAAGUGUUCUGAAGAGACGGUAAAUAUCUGUGAUCUUAUAGCAUACUACACAUCAUGCACUGAGUAAAUUGGCAGUUAGAAUAAGGUUUGUGAAAUGAUGAACCAAAAAAAGGACACAUUUAUUGAGCCAUUUUGUCCUUUCCUUACUGUGAACCGGUGUCACAACUGUACAGAUCAUAUACUCAUAAAGUGUUUAUAUCUCA